CCUCUUUCGUCGGCGCCCUCGCCCUCGGCGAUCUCGUAAAAUCAACGCUCGGGCCAAAGGGCAUGAAUAAGAUUCUGCAGUCGGGAUCCUCGGGAGACAUCAACGUGACGAAUGACGGUGCAACGAUUCUCAAGUCCAUCCAGCUCGAUAAUGCACCAGCCAAGAUCUCAUUGAUAUCUCGUUCGUUGCGGCGAUAUACUCUGGAUCCGUUGUUGUAUCCGCCGCCUCGUGCUUAUUCAACGCCUCGUGCUUAUUAAACGCAUCCUGAACUUCUUGCGGCAACUCCUUCCUCAACUCAUUUGCGGCCUUAACAUAUAGCGCCAUACUCGCUGGCGAGUCAACAAUCACCAGUUUCCCGAGGCCUUUCGGUUGGCGCGUUGCAAACUGCUGCCAGACUGCACAGAACCUUGAAGCAUCCUUCGCGUGGGCACCUUCACUCUCGGCUAAUGUUAAGACCGUGCACAAAGGGUAGGACUGAUUCCAAGGGGCUUGGCUUCAGCUCGUGCGCUGCGCCCCU